AUGGUGGCGAUUACUAGAGUUACAAGAAGUCAGGUGAAAUCAGAUAGGAAGCCGACUAAAAUAAAGUUUCUGGAUGAAGGUAAUAGUUUAAAUGAUAUUGAAUAUCAUACUGCAGAAGAAGAAGUAGCAGAUGUUGAUGAAGAGGAAGAUGAUGAAGAUGAAGAUGACAUUGAAGAAGAUUCAGAGGAAGAAGAUGAAGACUCCGAUGAUGAAGCUCCUGAAGAAGAAUCAACCAAGGUUUCUGAAAAACAAAUUGAAGCCAAGAUCAAAAAACAAAAGGAAGCAGAUGCAUUAUCAAAGAAAGCAGAAAGAGAAAGAAGAAAACAACUUGAUUUAAAAUAUAAAGAACAACAAGAAUCAAAAAGACAAAAGAUUGAAGAAUCCAAACCAGCAUCAUCACAUAUUGAACAAGAAGAACUUCCAGAUUUCUUACCAGAAGAAUUACUUGAAACUGUUAAUAAUCAACCUAUAAUACCCAAUGGUAAACAUUUAAGAAUACGAGAUUUUGAAGAGAUUGAUGAAAAAUUGAUCCGUCAACAAUUAAUGAAAGAUAAAUUACAAAAGAUCAAAUUGGCAGGAAAGACCAGUAUGGUUAAAGGUCCAGUCCAUGUUAAAGUUCAAUCAUUUGGUUCAACUAAGAAUAAAUUAGUACCUAAAUCUGAAUCUAAAAUAUUAAAAUCAAGAGAUAAAUGGUUAAAGAGAAAAUCAUUAAAUAAGAAAUAG